AGAGAGAGAGAGCGCUCCUCCUCCUCUUCUGUCUCUUCCCACCACUCAUCCCGAAAAAAGCCAAGGUAAGACGGUCCUCACGGCGGAGUUCUGUCAUGUCACCCUUCGCAUAAUGGAAACUGAAUUAAAACAGCUGUUGACAGAAAUAACCAAAGCUACGACUUGUAACUGAACUGCACAGGAAAGAAGGUCGUGUUUCUUUUGGAUGGAGAGUUUCGAAUCGAUGGUGAAUGAGCUGAAGUCAAGCUGGUUGUGAAGGUGCUGGACUUGUUCCCCCCUACGCCCCAAGCCGGACACAGCAUGGCGGCGGGAGUAGCGGCAUGGCUUCCCUUUGCCCGGGCGGCAGCGAUCGGCUGGAUGCCCGUGGCCAAUUUGCCCAUGCCCGUGGCGCCCACUGAAAAGAACAAGAGGCAGGAUGAGCUGAUCAUUCUUAAUGUCAGUGGACGUCGAUUCCAGACCUGGAGGAACACGCUGGACCGCUACCCAGACACACUGCUGGGCAGCUCAGAGAAGGAGUUCUUCUACAAUGAGGAGACCAAAGAGUACUUCUUCGACCGGGACCCUGAUGUGUUCCGAAGCGUGCUCAACUUCUACCGCACAGGCAAGCUCCACUAUCCACGCUACGAGUGCAUCUCCUCUUACGAUGAGGAGCUGGCUUUCUUUGGCAUUGUCCCAGAGAUCAUUGGUGACUGCUGCUACGAAGAGUACAAGGACAGGAAGAGGGAGAAUGCAGAGCGACUGAUGGAUGACCAGGAGGACAACAAGGAUGCUAAGCUGCCCAACAUGACCUUCAGGGAGACCAUGUGGCGGGCUUUCGAGAACCCUCACACUUCCACCAUGGCCCUUGUCUUCUACUAUGUUACUGGCUUCUUCAUUGCCGUCUCUGUCAUCACCAACGUGGUAGAGACGGUGCCCUGUGGCUCGGCGCCCAACCAGAAAGAAGUGCCAUGUGGCGAGCGCUACACCGUGGCCUUUUUCUGCAUGGACACGGCCUGUGUCAUGAUCUUCACCGUGGAGUACCUGAUGCGCUUGUUUGCUGCGCCCAGCCGCUACCGCUUCAUGAGAUCCGUCAUGAGCAUCAUCGAUGUGGUGGCCAUCUUGCCCUACUACAUCGGCCUGGUGAUGACUGACAAUGAGGACGUGAGCGGCGCUUUCGUGACCCUCCGUGUUUUCCGUGUGUUCCGUAUCUUUAAGUUCUCCCGUCACUCACAGGGCCUGCGCAUCCUGGGCUACACGCUGAAGAGCUGUGCCUCGGAGCUGGGCUUCUUGCUCUUCUCCCUCACUAUGGCCAUAAUUAUCUUUGCUACCGUCAUGUUCUACGCAGAGAAGGGUUCAAGCUCCAGCAAAUUCACCAGCAUCCCAGCCUCCUUCUGGUACACCAUCGUUACUAUGACAACGCUCGGGUACGGAGACAUGGUUCCUAAGACGAUCGCAGGGAAAAUCUUUGGUUCGAUCUGCUCUCUGAGUGGGGUGCUGGUAAUUGCCCUGCCUGUCCCUGUCAUCGUGUCCAACUUUAGCCGCAUCUAUCACCAGAAUCAGAGAGCAGACAAGCGGCGGGCGCAGAAGGUACAGAAAGCCCGCUUGGCCAGGAUACGAAUAUCCAAGACUGGAAGCUCCAGUGCCUUCCUUCACAGCAAGCGCAAUGGCCUGUUCAACGAAGCUCUAGAGCUCACGCAACUUCCAUACAAGAUGAACCUUUCAGAUCAGAACUCCACUGAGGACGAGCAGCGUUUAAGCAAGUCUACCUCUCUAUUAGAGAGCCAGCACCACCACCUGCUGCACUGUCUGGAGAAAACCACUAACCAUGAGUUUGUGGAUGAGCAGUAUUACCAGCAGAGCUACCUGGAGGCGGGGCUGCAGAAUUACCCCUCUCGAAGCCCCUCGCUCUCCAGCCAGGACGGUGUGACGGGGACGUGCUGCACCCGCCGGAGCAAGAAGCAUCACACCCCUUUACCGAACGCCAGUGCCCCAGCACACAUGCAGCCUUUGACACACACGCACACACACCAACAAGGCUUGCAGGAGCUCAGUACCAUCCACAUCCAGCCGCUCAGCACCAGCCGCUCCAGUCUGAACAUGCGCGUAGAUGAGCCAGCACCUCUGAACUGCCAGAGCAGCCAGAUCACCACAGCAAUCAUCAGCAUUCCCACGCCACCUGUGACGACUCCCGAGGGCGACGCUCACCUGCCCGCAGGCCCCACCCACCAAAAUGUCGUGAAGGUGUCCGCACUGUGAAGACUAGAGUGCAGGCGCAGAAAGACAGAUAAAAGUCUCAUCAAGACAGACUGAGGGACAGAGGAGGACUGAGAAUGAUGGAGGAGAAGGAGUCCUAGUCUGGCCCUGGUGGAGCCUGCCCUCUGCUGGUCAUGUACUGUAAAGACAUGGACUCCCUGUACAAACGGAGGAUGGCUUUUAGAUACAGUAACUUCAUGUUAGCGGUCGGCAUACAUAUUUGUGUGCGUGUGAGUGAAACAGUGGGGAAGAUGUGUGAGGACCUAUUUUAGAUAAGGAGGCGAGUGAGUGUGUGCCACCCAAGUGUCAGAGAUGAAUUCCCAGAGUAAGUCAUGUUUCAUUGUGCACAAUGCACCUUUUUUAUGAUUUACGCUUCAGUUUGACUCUUUUUUUAAAGCAGGAGAUAUAAGGGAACAGGUGGAAAGGGAAAGAAAAAACACACACACACAAUCAAACCUUUCCACCCCUCCCACCCGCCCCAAUGACUCAAAUCUUGUCCUUUUGUGUUGUGUCAUUUUACCUGUUGAUAGGUCAAUAUGCCACAAUUCCUUUUCAGGUCCAAUAUUAUUCCACGUGAGUAAAAAUUCUUUAAAAGACGAAAUGCGGUAGGUGUCUUUGAUGGCGUUACCAAUGAGUUUCGUAUUUGUGAAUGAGUGCAUGUGAACUUUUGCUAGAGGAGUUGUGAUGUUUCAGAUAGGAGGUGUGUGUGUGUGUGAGUGCGCACGAAUGUGUAUAUCUCUCUCAGUUGAUUGAAAACUUGUGUUUCAAUUCUCCUGGAAGUCUCUACGGCUCCGUAUAUGGUAUAUUUGACUAGCUGCCACUCUGAUGGGUUUUUUGCACACAUUUCUGUCCAAAAUUCUCAGCUACAAGGCUUUUACACAAUAUGUGCCUGUUUUGCUGGAGUAAAAAGAGAUUUAUUUGUUUUUGUAGUUUUCUGAAUUUCCCCCCGUUCUUUUCCCUUUUGGCUAGCCCGACGGACCUCAAAUAACUCAAUUUCUCUUACAACGAAACCAAAACAAAAAAAAAUCAAACAAAAAAAAAAACAUUUUGAAUUCAAACCACCACAAUUAAAAGCACAAGACGUUCGCUGAGAAUUUCUGACACAAAUCUGUCCCAAGCCCAGGAUCUUUGUGAAUAUUGUUAAUAGAAUAUUUUGUAAUAUUUGACCAUCGUUUGGCAGAACCAGUGAAGCUGUCCUCUUGUUCUCUCUCUCUUUCCCUCACUCUGUCUCUUCUCUCUCUCUACAUUUUUCUCUCUCUUGUUGUUGUCCUGUUGUAUCCCUACCUCCUGUGUGAACAACAGUAUGCUUUCAGUAGUCUUUAUAGUUGUCAACGUUUUUUCUUCCCCAAACUCAGCGGGCAUUUUUCAAAAGUUGUUGAGUAUGUGUACUCUAUGUGGUUAGGAAACUUGGUGUUUGUACUUUUUGUCCUCCUUGGUGUUUCAAAGGAUUUUUACUUACUUUAUCUUCUGGAGAAUUUCAAGCAGGGAGGUCUGUUGUAACAGUGACCACAGAGACACGGAGGACGCUGGAUGAACCAUCCACAGAUCUCCGUCAACAAAAACGUGCUGUUCCAUAUGUUCUCUCGACUCUAAGAUCAAUAUAUUAUAUAUAUAUAAAUAUAUAUCUUCAGUAUUUCUUCUCAUCAUAUCCCAUCAAAGCUGACCUUUUCAACUAUGGACGAGGACCUUCUAGCUCUGCUAAGCUCCAAUCUGACGCUGCUCUGUUGGCUUUUUUCAUCAUUUUGGGUUCAGCUUCCUGAGAGACGGUUAGGUCUGUCUUUAGGUGGGUGAUACUGCUGGAGUUUCACCAAAGCAGAGAAGAGCAGCCUCAGUCGUAGGAGACUAACCGCCCACUUCUGCUCCGAGUAGAUGAAAUAAAAUGGUGAUCAAGAGCACACAGACUGGGCUAGAGGUGCACCAGUUUCAGCCAACAGCAUAUUUCAAAAGCAAUACUGGAAUUGGUCUAAUAUUACAUCUGCCCACAUGUAGCUGAUGUGUUUUCCUGUAGAAGUAGACUAUUUAAAACUGUUACACUAGCAGCAAAUGUAUCACGGUCAGUUAAAAAUGUGUAUUUAAUUAGCUUGAGGUGGAGACAUCUUAAAAGCAUAACCAGUUUUACAUAUGCAUUUGUACUAAGAUUUAGAGAAAAAAGACAUAUCAUUACAUCAGGCAACAGGUGGAAUUAUUCAGCAUAUUGGUACCAUAUCAGCACAUCGCUACAUCUUAGGGUCUGUAGGACUCGUGGUUUAGUUCUCUCUGAUCCUGAGGUUAGUCCCAACCCAAAGGAAGCCAAAACUAUUCUACAGAGUUGGAACAAGAUGUGUUUUACCUCUGAUAUUCCUAGUAGUGAUCUCGUACUAUUGCUGGUAAUUUAGUACUGUACACAGUGACAACAACUGCCUAGAUCCAGUAUUAGUGUUUAGUCAAACUGUGCUCAAACUUACAUGAAAUUUAAAAAACAAAAGAAAAGAAAACAAGCACAGACAGACAGAGCUUUUUAAGUGUGUUUUAAAAAGUGGGGUUAAAGACACUGACUUCGUAUUUACAGCAUAAAGUCCGACAUUUAGAAUCUAUUGAAGUCUACAAGAGGAGCAUGACGUAGGUAACGGCAGAGGUGAGGCUCCCUGUAUUUUGUUGCUGAGGACAGUGAUUAAACGUGGUUAAUUUCCUGCUUCCCUGUUUUGAAAACAGGUUGUUUUGUGUCAAGCUGCACUUUAAAAUGACACGGUUUGAAAUAUUAUGUAAGCAUAUAUUCCGCUCAAAGUGUCAAAGGAUGGCAUUUUUAUUUACAAACAGCAAAAACAGGUCUGUGGUUGUGUUUGUCUCUCUCUUUCUCUGUUAUGUACUCUCCUUUGAUUGUCUUUUUUCUGGGCUCAGUCAGUUUUUUCCUCUCACUCUUUGCUUUGCCCUCCUAUGCCACCUGUCGUUGUUGAGACUACUGCUGUGCGUAUCUUGUCAGGUGUUGGAUAUUAUUUAUGACCUUGUCUUGUGUCCCGACUGUGAAACGCCUGAUAAAACAUCUAUAUCUGCCACAAAUAUACAAUCUGUGAGGCUGUCUUCUUCACCCGCCUUGUACUAACUCAUACGGUAGCAGCUCCUACAUAUACUGAGCUUCAGAGGGUAGAUUCAGCUCCCAAAGUGCAGUCCUUUGUGAAGGCUUGCAUGUUCACAUCCAAAUAGUGAACCUUCAGCCUCAUGGUUUUGGGGGACACCCUGGGAUGGAGGACAAGAUCUUGCUGAGUUCAGUUCGAAACUGCCUGGUGACAAAAGUGUAAAUGAGGGGAUCCACUGCAGCCUGUACGAAGGUCAGAACCACCGCUGAUGUCUCCAGCUCCAUCUGUAACUGCAGUGCAGGAGAGAGCGCAGACUAGUGAAACGCUGGACCAAAAUUAGUGAGAAUUUGUUCUGAGGUUUCAUUUUUGGAUUAAUUAUUCAGCUGAGGGGAGAAAAAAUGGCUGAAAAUAAUCAGAAUUUCCAGGUGGCACCUUUAUGUUGCCCAAACCCAAAAAGAUUAAAAUGAAAUCAGACAAAAAGUGGAUACUGUUCCCAGCAAAUGGAAUAACUUCUCUUGAUAAGCUGCUAAAUUCGUUUGCUAAAUUGUGAUAAAAACUCUGUCGGCUGAGGUCUCAUUUGGAAUGGUGUCUUUAUUUAUUUAUUUUUUAUUUUAAAUUAAGAGUUCAUAUUACAAUCUCUACAACUUAUUAAAUAUGCAUUACAGUCCUG